AUGGGCUCCAGGUUGAUCCUAUCGAUUGGUGUGCUGUUGGUCGUUGCUGCAGUGGUAACGUCCAAAUCGGUUCCGGAGCAACGCUCCCAUCUCGAUCUGGCCGAGGUGGACUCGAGCGAGGAGCAACCGUGUACGAUCGACCGUGUAAAGGGUUUCUUCGGUGACCUCUCGACCAAGGUGAAGGAGGGCGUACAGGAAGGCGUGGUGAAGGUGAAGGACGGUGUCAAGAAGGGCACAACCAAGGCAAAGGAGUAUGCCACCAAUGUGCGCGACUAUCUGCGCGAUAAGUUCAGCAGCGACUCCAAGGAGGUACCAGUAACGACCGCCACACCGAAAGCAACUGCCGGAUUCUGA